AUGAAACCAGUCAGAGCUUACACAGACAUGAUCAUAACAGUCAGAACUUACAUAGACAUGAAAACAGUCAGAGCUUUACAUGAAAACAGUCAGAGUUUACAUAGACAUGAAAACAGUCAGAGCUUACAGAGACAUGAAAACAGUCAGAGCUUACAUAGACAUGAAAACAGUCAGAACUUACAUAGACAUGAAAACAGUCAGAAUUUAAAGAGACAUGAAAACAGUCAGAGCUUACACAGACAUAAGGUCCGUCAGAGCUUACACAGACAUGAUCAUAACAGUCAGAACUUACAUAGACAUGAAAACAGUGAUAAACCCCAUAUCUGUGAUGAAUGUGGUAAAGGGUUUAGUCAGCGUGGUAAUUUACAAAGACACAUGAGAACACAUACAGGUGAAAAAACUUAUGACUGUGAUGUAUGUGGCAAAAGAUUCAGUCUUCUUAGUAAUUUACAAAGACACAUAAGAAUACACACAGGUGAGAAACCUCAACAUGUUCAUGAUUGCGAUGUAUGUGGCAAAGAGUUUAGUCAGCUUAGUGAUUUACAAAGACAUAUGACAAUACAUACAGGUGAUAAACCUCAUGACUGUGAUACUCACAUGAGAACACACACAGGAGAUGAACCCUACGACUGUGAUGUAUGUGGUAAAAGGUUUAGUGAGCAAGGUGAAAAACCUCAUGCCUGUGAUAUAUGUGGUAAAGGGUUUAGUCACAUAAGUGAUUUUCGGAGACACAUGAGAAUCAUGACAUACAGGUGA